AGCAGUUGGGGGGCGAGGUGGAGGUAGGAGAGGAAACACACAAAAAGAGCGGGAGCGAGGAACGAAGGAUCACUGACACGAAUUCUGUCGCUGCUAGUGGUGCUGGUGAUGUGGGCAGAGGUGCUGCAAGUGGUGCUGACGACACUGGUUAUGGUGGCUGUGGUGGAAGAGGAGGGGUUGAUGUGGGUAGCAGAGAGAGUGUGAGGGAGGAGAGGGAGGAGGGUGAUGGAGUGUUUGGAGGAGAUAGAAAAACGGAUGAAAACGAGGGGCCAAGUGGGAGGGAGAAGGACGAGGAGGAUAACGAGAAGGGGAAGGAGAAGGAUGAGGAAAGUGGAAUAGGCGAGCUAGACGAGGCGGAGCAAGAGGAGGAGGAGGAGUAUGGUUCAGGAGACUCGGGAUUUGGUACCCCUGGCACUCUUUCCCCUACAGGCAGCAGUGUCAGCGCCUACGAACUCCCAGGCACGGAUUUCCCCGAGUCUGACAGCUUCGGCAGCCAAGCCUCCACUUCAGCUUCGGCACCCGGAGCUAGAGCCUGGUCAGGAGCACCUGGGAGGCCAGGAAGUUUUGGCCGAGGCAGGAGCACAGGUACGGGGAUCCUUGCUGGUGUUACCAUGGCUCCUGGCCCGAGAUUAAGUUCGGGAGGAAGGCCUGCAGCCUGGGCUGGAGGUUUAGGUUCGGGUGCCCCUUUGACUCGGCCGUUCCAGCCUGCCUCUGGUUUGGCCACCGAGCCUGUUGCAGCUGGUGGCCCGACUCCUGCUGCUGCUGCUGCUUCUGCUUCUGCCACACCUGGCGUUCGUACUGGUCCGGCUGGUGGUAGUGCUGCUGGUGCUGGUGCUGGUUUGGGUGCUGGUGAGUCAAACGAGGGGAGCAGUGGUCUAGGGUUAGGGUUUAGUCUUCUGGCAGGUCUAGGCGCGUCUCUCUCCACAGUCGCACGCGAAGCCACUUCUGCUGCAGCCACAGCUGCUGCAGCAGCAGCAGCAGCUGCUGCAUCUAAGGGCGCUCCAGGCGAUGACAACACAUACGCUGUGCUGGAGGUGAGUGACGAGGAUUCGGAUGAGGAAGACGAGGAGGAGGAGGGCGGGGAGGGUGGGGAUGAUGGGAGGGAAGAGGAGGAGAGGAGGAGGAGGGAGCAGGAGUUGAGGGAGCAGCGCGCGGCGCAGGUGUCAGCGAUUAUGGCGAAGAUGGCACGGGAAAACAGCGUGGGAAGCAGUGGAAGUGGGCAAGCAGGCGUCGGAGGGGCGGGGAUGGACGGCAGUGCCUAUGGCACAAUCCCCAGAAACAAUUCCUUCUCCGGUGCUGCUGGUGCUGCUGCUGCUGCUGCUGUCAACAGUCCUCGUCACUCCCUCCCCCCUGCCAGCCCUGCCCAGUACCGUCCUGCUGCUGCCAGUGCUGCUCUGACGUCCUUCCAUCGAAGGGGCGGAGGAGGAUCGUUCGGCAGCGGUGGCAGCGGCGGUGGUGGUAGUGGUAAUUUUGGUAGUGGUAAUUGGGCUAGUGGUGCGGCUGGUGGUGUUGCUGGGGGUAUUGGUCUCGGUGGUGGGGGCGGUAGUGGUAAUUUCGGUGGUGCUGGCUGGGCGAGUAGUGGGACUAGUGGUAAUUGGGCUAGUGGUGGGGCCAGUGGUGCUGGUGGGGGAAUUGGUGGUGGUGGUUGGGCAAGUGGCACCAGUGGUGGCGGUAGCAGAGGUGGCUCUCUCGCAACUUCCCCUAGAGGAGUGGGGCUAAUUGCCCCAGUCGUUAAGGCAGGCGCAGGGAUAGGAACAGGGUCGGGGGUGGGAGCAGGGGUAGGGGCCGGGGUAGGAGUUGGAGGGGGAGGAGGAGGAGCGAUGGCAUGGGCGGGUACGGGCCCAGUGCAGCCGUACCCGUGGUGGGUCGUGGCUUCUCCGGACGCUCACUACCAUGCUGAGGAAGUGUGCAUCGAAUUCUAUGUCAUCCGCCACGCAGAAUCAUUAGACCUCCCGCAUCUAGUAGGGGGCCAGUCUCCCGCCAUACCACUGACGAAUAAGGGCAGGGAGCAGGGGGAGGCGUUGGGGCGAUACCUGUUGGAGUUCCAAGGGGUGGCGUUUGACGAGGCCUUUGCCUCGCCCAUCCCCAGAGCGUGGGAGACAGCACACGUCACAUGCCAGGUGCUUGGCUUCCCGCCAAGCCAAAUGCAGGAGGCAGAAGAAUUGAAGGAGCAGAGCUGCGGGCAGUGGGAGGGGAAGAGUCGGGCAGAUGUGUUCCCCAGGGAAGCAUCUCUCCCGCGAAUCACGAGCGCGCAGCCAGAUUUUUUCUGCCCGGGGGAGAGUCGCAGCGGCAGGUUGAAUUCCGAAUGGUCGAGUUUUUCAACCAUCUCGCAGUCACCCGCUCCUCCACGCUCCUAGCUAAACGCCAUCCAUGCCGCCCAACGCCCCUCCCCUCCCACCGUACCGCAUCGGCAUCUUCUCCCACUCCACGGCAAUCAAGUGCCUCUUGAAAGGCCUCACCGGCUCUAGCCCACACUUCACUCACAGAUUUGACAUAGCAGUUUCGUCCCUAACUGUCCUGACCUACUCUCCUGGAGCCAAUGCCCGAAUGCCACGUGGCACAGGCAGCAAUGGGGGCACCGGUGCUUUUGGUGCCACCACUGGUACAAGCAGUGGUGCUGCUGGUGCUGCUUUUGCUGCUUCUGAUGGUGGGGGUGGUGUUGGUGGGUGGAGGGUGGGGAGAGUGAAUGACACGACUCACCUGCUGCUGGCACGGGGGCCUCUCCCCAGGCACAUAUAGCUGCUCUCAGAGCACGCUUUCCUGGAAACGAGGGGUCAGAGUCCACUGUAGCUGUUGCGUACGAAGGGUGAUGAGAGGAGGGUGAAGGGAGUGUGUUGGCGGAUGUGCUGCUUCUGCUACCUGUGGUGGUGGGGGUGCUGCUACUGGUGGUGGUGGUGGUGCUGCAGCUGCUGCUGCUUUUGGUGGGGGUGGUGGUGGGUGGAGAGUGGGGAGAGUGAACGACACGACUCACCUGCUGCUGGCAUGGGGGCCUCUCUCCCAGGCACACAUAGCUGCUCUCAGAGCACGCUUUCCUGGACACGAGGGGGCAGAAACCACUGUAGCUGUUGCGGAUGAAGGGUGAUGAGUGGAGUGUGGAAGGAGUGUGUUGGCAGAUGGUGGGGCUGCUGCUAUUAGUGGUGCUGCUGCUGCUGGUGCUGCAUUUCCUGGAAACUAGGGAUCAGAAACCACUGUAGCCGUUGUUGAAAGGAAGUGGUCCUUGCAGCUAGAUUGAGUGUGUUUCUGGGAAAGGAAGGGUGGAAAGGGAUGGGAAUACAGAGUUGGAGAGGGGAGGGGGGGGGGGGGAGGGAUGGGAAUACAGAGUUGGGAGGAGGGUGGGAAGGGAUGGGAAUACAGAGUUGGAGGCGGGGGGGAAGGCCGAUCGGAUGUUGUGGUCAUCACAGCUGUAAUGUGAAUUUGAUUCUGAUAUGUUGUGCGUUUUAUAUCUAACAGUGUACA